AUAAGUUUUACAAUGGACUCUCUUGUUACAGCAAACACCAAAUUUUGCUUUGAUCUUUUUCAAGAGAUAAGCAAAGAUGAUCGUCAUAAAAACAUAUUUUUCUCUCCCCUGAGCCUCUCAGCUGCCCUUGGUAUGGUACGCUUGGGCGCUAGAAGUGACAGUGCACAUCAGAUUGAUGAGGUACUACACUUCAACGAAUUUUCCCAGAAUGAAAGCAAAGAACCUGACCCUUGUCUGAAAAGCAACAAACAAAAAGUGCUGGCUGACAGCUCUCUGGAGGGGCAGAAAAAAACGACAGAGCCUCUGGAUCAGCAGGCUGGGUCCUUAAACAAUGAGAGUGGACUGGUCAGCUGCUACUUUGGGCAGCUUCUCUCCAAAUUAGACAGGAUCAAGACUGAUUACACACUGAGUAUUGCCAACAGGCUUUAUGGAGAGCAGGAAUUCCCAAUCUGCCAGGAAUACUUAGAUGGUGUGAUUCAAUUUUACCACACGACGAUUGAAAGUGUUGAUUUCCAAAAAAACCCUGAAAAAUCCAGACAAGAGAUUAACUUCUGGGUUGAAUGUCAAUCCCAAGGUAAAAUAAAGGAACUCUUCAGCAAGGACGCUAUUAAUGCUGAGACUGUGCUGGUACUGGUGAAUGCUGUUUACUUCAAGGCCAAAUGGGAAACAUAUUUUGACCAUGAAAACACAGUGGAUGCACCUUUCUGUCUAAAUGCGAAUGAAAACAAGAGUGUGAAGAUGAUGACGCAAAAAGGCCUCUACAGAAUUGGCUUCAUAGAGGAGGUGAAGGCACAGAUCCUGGAAAUGAGGUACACCAAGGGGAAGCUCAGCAUGUUCGUGCUGCUGCCAUCUCACUCUAAAGAUAACCUGAAGGGUCUGGAAGAGCUUGAAAGGAAAAUCACCUAUGAAAAAAUGGUGGCCUGGAGCAGCUCAGAAAACAUGUCAGAAGAAUCGGUGGUCCUGUCCUUCCCCCGGUUCACCCUGGAAGACAGCUAUGAUCUCAAUUCCAUUUUACAAGACAUGGGCAUUACGGAUAUCUUUGAUGAAACGAGGGCUGAUCUUACUGGAAUCUCUCCAAGUCCCAAUUUGUACUUGUCAAAAAUUAUCCACAAAACCUUUGUGGAGGUGGAUGAAAACGGCACCCAGGCAGCUGCAGCCACUGGGGCUGUUGUCUCAGAAAGGUCACUACGAUCUUGGGUGGAGUUUAAUGCCAACCACCCUUUUCUCUUUUUCAUUAGACACAACAAAACCCAAACCAUUCUCUUUUAUGGCAGGGUCUGCUCUCCUUAAAAGGGGAGCAGUGUCUAGUACUUUGGAGCUGGAGGAAAAUAUCAAUACAAUCUUCCCCUGGCAUAAGAUGGGCAUUUGAGUUUUCGGUAAUAUCUAAAGCAUCUCCUUCAUCCUCCAGCCAUCGGCUUGUGCUUAUCUUGAUCUUUCUGUCACCCUGUAGCUUAUUUUCAUCUGAGUCUGUUAGUAUUGAAGGGCUGUUGUUCUCUACCCUAAACUUUCAAGCAUAUAAAUUCACCCUCUGUGACCUGAAGGUCAACACAAUUCAGAACAGUACCUACCUCCUUUUGAAGGAAUCCUAAAAGUUCAGGUCAUUAGACCAUUCCUAAGAGAUGGCAAACUCAGAAGCCACUUUAACAUGGGCAGCAAGAGAGCAUGUUUGACUGGAACGUGUUUGGAAACUCAGCUCUGUUUCUGGAGUAGUUUGAUUGGAACGUGUUUGGAAACUCAGCUCUGUUUCUGAGAUAGUUAUGAUUGUGGUCAUCACUGGGCGAGAUGCCCUGUUUCUUCCUUUGACAGCUACUGUAUGGAAGAUGUCCUGUGAGGUCUUUUCACCUAGGACAAGGCAGGGCUUGGGUGUAUUUAAGUGAUAGCUCAAAGAUGUGUGACUGCCCCAACCAGCACUCAUUUUGCACAGAGCAGGGGAAUGAUAUUUGUCUUGUGAUUUUGACACUGACCCGGGAAAGUGGCUAGUGGAUUUAGAGGAGGUUUAUCUCAGUUUUCCUUAUUGAGUCCCCCAACAUUAUCAUCAAACACUUCCCUCUGUCUCUCCUCCCCCUAGCUCCAAGAAUUCCCACCUGUGGCUAGUUCCUUUUAUGCACCCAGCACAGGCAGGUGUCAAGAGAAGUGCAGCUGGCAUUGUGGAUGGCUGGCCUCCGUGUGCCCCUCUCUCUGCCUUCUGGCCACGUGGAGGCUGGCCUCCGUGUGCCCCUCUCUCUGCCUUCUGGCCACGUGGACUUUUGUGUCUUCCGAGAGGUCUCAUGCCAGGCCACAUGGUGACAACAGGCUUGAGCCUGGGCAUGGUGUCCACAGCAAUGCUUGUUGGCUGGGCAUGAUGGCUCAUGCCUGUAAUCCAAGCACUUCUUGGGAGGCCGAGUCAGGUGGAUCACUUGAGUCCAGGGGUUCGAGACCAGCCUGGGCAACAUAUUGAGACCCUGACUCUACAAAAAAUACAGAAAUUAGCCGGGCGUGGUGGUGUGCACCUGUAGUCCCAGCUACUCGGGAGGCUGAGGUGGGAAGAUCACUUGAACCCAGGGGAUGGAGGCUGCAGUAAGCUGAGAUGGCGCCACUGCACUCCAGCCUGGGUGACAGAGUGAAACCCUGUCUCAAAAAACAAACAAACAAAACCCCAAAAAGCCAAAACAAAACCUGAAACCCUUGUCAAGAAGGCCAUUGGGCUCAUCUCAAGCUCUAGUCUACUGAAGGCCUGACCUCUGAGUGUUCCUACUCGCGGACCCAGGGCCUCUGUUCUCUGGUGUGGUAAUCUGAGUUCCUAAUUUCUGUCUUAGCUGAAUGUUCUGCCAUGACCACUGACACGUCCAACUCACAUCUCUUUGGAGUCAGUCUCUUUCCUAUCGAGGUGGGUUUCAGGUCUUGCUUGUGGCUCAGUUUCCUUGGCCCGCCUUAUGGCUAUCCUCCUCCCAGCUGCCACCAGUCGUUCAGUGUGGCCACACAGUUUUUUUGCAGAAGGCAGGUGAACCACACCUGCUCCCAUGCUAGCCUCCUCUUCCUUUUCUCACCUACCCCAGUGAUUUCUCUGUGCUCUGAGAGACAAGUUCCAUGUUCUCCAUACAACCUUCUCAUUGUUGAAGCUCGCUUACGACCUAAAACAAUUUGACAUUGGUAACGUGAGGCAGUUUGAGGCAGUGCCCUAUCCAGAAUGCAUGUCCCAUGGGUCAAAUUAAUUUCAGAUAACCAAAAACUUCAUGUCCCCUGUGGUUCCUUUUGGGGUUGACGUUUUGGGGGCUGUUUCCAUGUCUGACUUGGCACCACUGCCAGACACCUAGCUGGAAACCAUGACCUAUAUAUAGGCCUGCAUUGCCCAGCAUUUCUUUUGUUCUUAUUCUUUUACUUGGUAAACACAUUUUUUUUUUCAUUUACAUCGGGAUUUCUCAGAUUUUGAAGCAUGAGAGGGAGAAUGUAUCUAUUUACAAUAAUGAGGAAAAUUAAGAAUCUUAAAUCUUUAUGUAAAUCAGUAAACAUUCUUUACUAACCUUUGAUUUAUUAAGAAGUUUCUUCUGAAUGAAUAAAGCACUUUUGUUAUUAGUU